ACUCUUCUCUUUCAUCUCUGAUAUAUCUGUGAUACAAGCAAUCCAAGUGCCUUUGUGCAAACAUGAUAGUAAGAGUUCUAUUAAUUUUUCUAUUAAUUAAUUUAAUAACAUGUAGGGUACAUCAGGGAAGAAGUUAUGCUUUAAAUAUCGCACUUGAUCAAACAACAAAACGUUCUGAAAAAUUACGAUCAGAUUAUGUAAUGAAAGAUUUAAAUGCUAACGCAAUAGCUGAAAUUGAUAAGAAAAUCAGCGAACAUAUCAUGAAUAAGACGAAAAUGAAAUUCGGUCGAUACAAGAGAGAAAUAUUCAACAGGGGUAUCAAUAUAAUACGAGAAUUUCAAGAUCAUGGUCAACUGAACUUCAACAAUGUGAAAGAUAUUGAUUUCUUUUCUCUUCAAAAUGAUCACCAAUUACUUUGGUUUGCAGUGGUUUUGGAUGCUUUAAACAUAUCUUUAUACAGAAUAGAUAAUUAUGUUUUCUAUUUUGAGGCUGCUUAUCCUAUAACCAGAGGUAGAAAAAUAAUAGUAAACUGUUGCGAGUAUAAAACUCUUUUGAUAGUUCACUAUCAGGAGAACUCGAUCCUAGUUUUGCGACUCACUAAAGAGUAUCGUCUGUAUCCCAUUCAUGAUUUCAAGUCCAGUAACAUGACUGAUUUAGCAAUCUGGCAUGGAAUAAAUCAAUUAUACCUAGGCAUUGUUUCCGAUAUGAACAUUUCAAUCUAUAUCUGGGUUAAUGAUUACUUUGACUUGGUACAAGUCAUACCUUAUGGCACCAAAAAAUUAAUUCCAUUUUACAACAAGGGAAUUAUGUAUCUUGCUACAACCGGGCCUAUUACUUUGAUCUUUAAGUAUUUCUUCAGGCAUAGUGAAUUUGCUGUAACUCAAAGACUGCCAUCGAGCCAAGACAUUUCUUCCCUCCGGUUAGAAGAAACCCACUAUAUGGAGCAGUUUCUAUGCCUUAUCACAGAUUCUUCUACAAUUCUAUACAAAGAAGUUCAUGAUCGUUUUGUUCCCUUUCAACAAAUUCAAUUUGGAAGAUCUGCAUCAAUAUUUUCAAACGAUGCAAUAUUGCUUCUACUUUUGCGCGAAGAUGCAAUACUGACAUAUCAGUACGAUGGCUGGAGAUUCAAAUAUUCAGAUAUAAAACUGUUCGGAGUUGAUCAAUUUCAACAACUUGUGCUGCAUAAGAAAAAAUUACUAUUAGUAAAGUAUAAGAAUAGCAGUUGGUCUAUACAGGAACCAAAAUGGGUCAAACAGAAAUCUUACAAGGACUUGCAGGAGGAGAUCAGGACAUGGAAUAAUAAUGCAAAGAAGGCAACUCAAAGAACUAUUCUGACAGAAAAUUUAGUUCUGAAGAAUCCUAUUAAAAUUUUAAAUGGUUACAUUGACCAGCUUCUUAUUUAUAAUAUAAAUGACCAUAAUUCUGAAGCAUUAAGUGAUGCAACGAAAGAAUAUAAAAAACUGACCAAUAAAUUGGAAAAUCAGAAAAUUAGUUUGAACAAUAAAUCACAUUCUGAUGCUUCACCAAUUACUUUCUCAAAUAUGGGAAAGCUUAGAGUUAAGUGCAAAGCAAAGUGUAAAGUAAAUCAUUUGAAUGUCAAAGAAAAUUCUCAUCUUCUAUCCAAGUUGAGAAAACCAUCUAUUAAAAAUCAAGUACAGGCUUUUAAAGCUUUAAGAACAAUGGAAAUUGAGAAUUGGAAGUGCCCACAGUUUAGUUUUCCUAUCAAAAAAGUUGAAAUUGGUAAAUUGUUCAAUGGGAAGAUGCUGGAUGAUUUAGAAAAGAAUAUUUUAAAAGUAGUUGGUGAUCAGAAACUUUCAGGAAAACAUACUUUCUCCAAUGUAAACGUAAUGAACGCUUUCAUAACAUUGGAUAUUGCCGUAAACAUAACGAAACAACAACUGCAAAUGCAACAAAUUGAAACCACAGAAUUUCACUUAAUGGAAAGCGGAAUUUUAUUGCCAUUGCAAGGAGCUCCGAUAAUAAUGACUGGUACCAUUCAGGCAAUAAAAAUUAGAGUAAACGGCUCCGUCCAUCCACGCGGACGUAUAAUAGGACUAAGAACCUUAAAUCCUUUGAUAGAAAUUUUUGAGUCCAUGAAUGUAGAUCACCUUAUAACUCUGGAGAAUGCUAAAAUCGAGAAUUUGAGAUCGCAAGACUUGAUUGGCCACAAGAUACGAUCGAUUAAAGAAAUUUUGUCUAAUACAAUACCGUUGAACAGUAGAGUACCGGCAACUCUGGCGCUUUUAAACGAAAAGAUAAAAUGGAACAAUGUUACGUUAUAUGGAUCACAAAAUUGGAUUACCAUUAACUCCCAGGAUACAGUUACUGUAUCAGGAAGAAAACAUUUUCCUCAUAAUGGUGGAAUAACAUUAUCUUUCAAUAACUCGAAAUUACCGACGAUUCAGACACCUGUAUGUAGUAGUACUAUAAUUGUUCCUGAAGUUCAAGCAACAGAUUUAAAUGUUAAUAAUCUUAACGUAAAAGAUCUCAAUAGUUCGCACGUUUUUGGAAAUUUCGGUAAAAGAUAUUUAAAUGAAAAUUUCAUGUAUACUUUUAAACUUUUGAAUCUGACUACUAAAACGUACCACCAUAAUGUCACUGUAAAGAAUUUAAUUGCAACUCAUCUAAGUAAUAUAAACAUAACAGAAAUACUUGCAAAUUCAUGGACCAAGUCUAAGAUUCUUCAAGGUCCAAUUGUGACAACAGAUUUAGCAGUUGAUAGUCUUCUGUCUCCAAUUCAGAUUCGAAUAAAACUGCCAAAAGUAGUAGGAGACAUGAUUUCAGAGAAAGAUAUGCACAUAGAAAACAUUAAUAACGUUAAUUUUAUUGAUUUUGAAAGAGAUGCUAUCAAACUUGAAAACAUGAUAUCCUUAGGAAAUAUAACAUUCGGCAAUGGAUUCGCAGCAAAUAAUCUCUAUACUAACUACCUUCCAUUCAACAAGUCACAGUUGAAAGAACAUGUUAAUCUGUAUAAGAAACGAAUAUCUGGGAGCAUAGAAACAAACGCAAUAAAUCUGUCACAUUCUUUUGCCUCGUUUACAGAAAAUGAUGUUCUACUUAACGUUAUGGUUAAAGACUCUGUAACAUUCUUAACCGAACCAGAAAUACAAAGUAUAAAUGACACCAAGUUAAAAAGAUUGUUAGGACAGUUAUGGAUGACUGAAAAUGCUACAGUUUUGCAAGGAAGAUAUUUACACAUUACAAAUGUGUCUAUAGUCGGAAAUAUUGCCAUAAAUAGUAUUUCGAAUAUAUUAGAUCUUGAAACAUGGAAGAACAUUUCCAAACGUGUUUUAAGUAAGACGAAACCACAGGAGAUACAAAUUGUUGCCUCCCUGAGUGAUGUUGAAACACCUGGUAUCAUUGGUUCAAACAUUUCUAUUAUAAAAUCUUCGGUUCCAGAUUUUAAUGAUAUGUUUGAUAAUGCUUUGUUGCAUAGUAAAGACCAAGAAAUCACUGCAAAAUGGACAUUCAAUAAAUUAAAAAUCAUAGGUAAAUUACACGCAAAGAAUAAAAUUAAUAAUAUGAAUCUAAAAACCGAUGUCAUGAGAUUCGAUUCUGAAAAAGCUCUAGUAGCUGGGAAGACAAAUGUGAUGUUUCUGACAGCAAAAAAUUUGAACGGUUUAAAUUUUAAUGAUUGGGCAAAAAAUUCUCUUACAGGGAAACAGAAAUCUGUAAUCAUUAAGGGACGCAAGAUCUUUAAUAGUAUCACUGCUAAUAAUAUAAAUGUAUCUGACACUGCAAUGGGACAGAUUCUGACAGGAACAUUAUCAAAGUCUACAGAUCAAAUAGUCAAUGGCCAAAAAGAAAUUCGAGGAUCAGUCGAUGCGGUAACAUUUGUUAUCGAUGGUUUAAUAAAUGAUGUUGACUUGAUUGAUUUGAUAAGCAAUCAGUUAGGAAAACAGAAACGUUUGCAAAGCAUCAAGUCAAGAAUCGAAUUACAAAAAUCUUUAAAAAUUCUUGGGAACGUUACAGUUAAUGGUUCCUAUGGAUAUAUAGAGUUGAACAAUUUUUUCAAAAGUUAUCCAAGCGUAUUACCUGUUAUUGAAGACAUGAAGGACUAUCCUAAAGCAGCUUCAACAAUUAAAGCAGCAUUAGAAAAUCGUGCAGUUUACCUUGACAAAUUAGAAGUGGUGGAGGAAAGAAACGUUGUUGAUACUGUGAACAAAAAUAUAACCAUUCAUAAAAAGCAAAGUAAAUUUAAUAACUUUCUUCAAUAUUGUAUCAAUGAAAAUAUAAGAAAUGAAAGUCCCGGAUUGAAUUCGAGCGGUUUGGUGUCAGCAAAAUUAAUUGUAUUAGGGGAGAACGAAUAUAUAGUUUGCAUAAAAUUACAUUCUGUUUCUAUCUAUUUGUAUGCUGCGAAAGAACUUUAUCAAUUAAAAGCUCUACACAUUCCAAAUAUAAUCGAUGCAAUUGUGGAAUCACUGUCAGAAUCACUAUGGAUCAUACUACGAUUGUCGUUGCAAACAUUGCUUUUGCAUUAUCAACCAUGGAACAAUUUACAAGAAUAUAGAUUGUCAGCCACGGAUGUGUUUCAAGUGAGCAGGUUAUCGAACAAUCAGCUCUUACUAUUACUAUCGAAUGGUGUCUGGAAUCUAGAAGGACUCGCUAGUCCCCAACAUAUCAUUAGCAUUCCUCUUAAAGAAAACGUGGAAACCUUUAUCAAUGGAUUCAAUUAUUAUGUACAAUGGGGAACACCAAAUGAUACAUCCUUAAUGAAAGCACAAUAUAUAUGGAACUGAAAAUGAUAUUGCAUUGUAUAUAAUGAAUUUAAUUCGUUGCAAAAUUCUGUUCCUUGUUACUUCAAUGUUAAGCAGUAUCUUUAUCAUGAUUAAUAUGUAUAUUUAUCCAUUGUAUUAAUAAAUUAUUGCUAACGGUAGAACAA